UCGAUCCACGACGCCGAAUCAGCCCUGCCGCCCGAAACGGCCGUCUCCACAGCCCAGAGAUGGAACGACCCCCCGAGGAACAAGUAUCGUGUGUUUUCAUGUUUCUUCAGCUUCAUUGUGUACGGCAUGAAUGAUGGUGCACCUGGUGCAAUGAUUCAUCUAUUUAGAGAAUACUACCAUCUGCCACAUUCGAUUAUUUCUCUUAUUUUUCUGAGCCCCAUGGUAGGUUGCGUGCUUGCCUCUUUUACUACAAAUCGUCUCCAUGCAGUGGCUGGAAGGCGAGGCGUUGCGGCCGCUGCGACUGGUGCGUACAUACUUGCGUACAUAGGGCUCACGCAGCAUCCUCCCUUUGGGGUAGUCGUCUGUCUUUUGGUUUUGACGGGGUUUGGAAGCGGGUUGAUGAAUGGGAGCUGGAACAGCUGGUUUGGAGGAUUGGUUCAGGGGACUACGAUGCAGGGGUUUCUCCAUGGAUUCUGGGGUCUUGGCGCAACGUUGUCGCCUAUUCUGGUAUGUUGCUGUCUCUCAUUGAAGAAACUAUUUGUAUUAAUGUAUACCAUUGCCGGGUUAUCUGUUCUCGCCUGUAUAGGCGUCACUUCUUCUUUCUGGGAUGAUGUCGGGAGCGGCUUCCGUCAACAACCCGUCACGUCAUUGCCCAACGCUCAAGGAACCCUCAAGAUGCUGAAUAAUCGGGUAACAUUCCACAUUGAUUUCAUAUUCGUCACUUUAACGCUUUCCGCGUUCAUGGUUCUCUAUGUCGGAUCUGAAGUAACCAUUGGAGGCUGGCUCCUCACUUUUCUGAUGAGCGUCCGCAAGGGUUCGCCUAUUGCGUCUUCGCUUGCUACUUCUGGAUUCUGGAGUGGCAUUACAGUCGGCCGUUUCGCAUUGAGCUGGAUCACCGGAUACGUAGGCGAAAGGAUCAUGGUGUCGUUGUAUCUCGUCAGCGCAAUUGCUCUGGAGCUCGUUUUCUGGUUUGGUCAAAAGUUUGCAGUCAGUGCAGUCAUGGCUGCGCUGAUUGGGGUGUCCACUGGAAUGAUUAUGCCAUCUGGAAUCCGAAUGAUGACCAAGCUGCUACCACCGGAGAAGCAUCUUGCUUCUGUGGGCUUUGCCACGGCAUUUGCAGUGUCCGGAUCAUCCAUCUUUCCUUUUGCAGUCGGCGCACUCGCUCAGGCAUAUGGCGUACAAGUUCUGCAGCCCGUGGCAUUGGCAUUGUUUGCAGCGCAACUGUUGCUGUGGCUCUUUAUUUCAAGG